AUGUCAGGUAACAAUAAAGAUUCACAACUCGUUAUUGCACUUAAAGAUAUCGUUGCUGGUUCAGUCGGUGGUAUUGGUCAAGUAUUUACUGGCCAUCCAUUAGAUACCAUCAAGGUUCGUUUACAAACCCAACCAGUUGGUAACCCAAUUUACUCUGGUACUAUGGAUUGUUUAAGAAAGACUAUUCAACAAGAAGGUUUUAUGGGUUUAUAUAAAGGUGUUGCAUCACCAUUGGUUGGUUUAAGUAUUAUGAAUUCAGUAAUGUUUUUAGCAUACGGUCAAGCUAAAACUGUUAUUCAAUCUUUAGAUCCAACCAAGCAACUUUCAAUCGGAGGUUUUACUGCUGCUGGUGCUUUAGCUGGUGUUGCUAUUUCAUUUGUCGAUUCACCAGUCGAUCUUUUUAAAUCACAAAUGCAAGUUCAAAGUGGUGAAAAAAAACAAUUUUCUAGUACAUCUGACUGUGCUAGACAAAUUUGGAAAAUCGGUGGUGUUAGAGGUGUUUUCCAAGGUCUUGGUGCUACAUUUGUCAGAGAUAUUCCAGCAAAUGCUUUUUAUUUUGGUGCUUAUGAAUAUGUUAGAAAGGUUUUUGCUACAGCAAACAAUAUUAAUGUUGAUCAAUUAUCAUCAUUACAAAUUAUGGCAGCAGGUGGUGCUGGUGGUGUCUCAUAUUGGACCUUAUCUUAUCCAGCUGAUGUUGUUAAAUCAACUAUGCAAACCGAUUCAAUUAUUAAAUCACAACGUAAAUAUUCAAAUAUGCUUGAUUGUGCUCAAAAAAUUUAUAAACAACAAGGUAUUGCUGGUUUCUACAAAGGUUUUACUCCAUGUUUCAUUAGAUCUAUUCCAGCUAAUGCUGCUUGUUUUGUACUUUACGAAAAAGCUCGUCAAUUAAUGGGUUAA